CUUUGAGUGAGACUUUAGAGUCAAUAAGGUAGCAGAACCAGCCAUGGCUCCCCCCAAGGACAGCAACCCUUAUGAUCUGCAAGCGACUGAUGCCAAAAAGGCCCUCGCACAAGAAGGAUAUGAUGACUGCUUGGCCUGCAGGGCGACCGGGUCGGCUGCGUUUAUCGGACUGGGAAUCUACAGCUAUUAUACGGGGAUGAACAAUCUGCGGAAGCAGGAGCAAGAGAUCCUGAAGAGUGCCACGAAAUAUAAGAUGGGAUCGCGAAAACUGGGAAUAUUUUCCAUCUCAGCGACGCUGGUUGGAAUGGGUAUUUGGAGAGCAUUCAAUUGAGUAACUAAUCCUCCAAGUGAUUAGAGUGGAUUAAAGAGGUUCGAGUCAGUACUACUGAUACAGUUAUGCUACAUCUUGAAACGCAAGAAAGCCGGAAGUGAAAAGAGAGUGACAAACAGAACGGGAAGAGCAGGAAGAUGACAACUGCCCCGGGUAUCACGUUCUCUGAUAUUGUCUAUGUAUAAUAAA